AUGCGAAGCCUGAUGGUUCCGAAAAUGCGAAGAUUGAGAUUCCAAAAACUGCGAAGGGUGAUGAUCAAGGAUUUUGAAGCAAGGGUUUUAGAGAAAGUUGAUCUUAAUGAUCAAACAAAUGAUAAUAGAAUGAGUUCUCAAAGAAAGGAUUUCUUACAUGAAGUGAAGGAAUUGAAAGCUGUCACGAGAGAAUGGCAUGUUUUGUAUGUUCAAGAAGUAAAGAAAGUUCGUGAAGAUGUUAAUCUACAAAUUGAAGAACUUUGGGAAGAUAUGCAGAAGGAAGUUCAGGUUGUACAACAAGAUUAUGCAUUCAUCAAUCAAAAAGUUAACAUUACCUGUGAUGCUAUCACUAGAUUUGUCAAGCUAUAUGAAACAAUGAAUCCUCAGGUCAUCAAUAUUUCUUAA